AUGGAAAGUUUUCUGGAAUCGAUCCAGAGUGGCCAGUACGAGGUGGUCCGAGAGGCACUCGACAAACCAACCAGCCCGGAUCUAGACUUCCAGGAUCCGGCACGGGAUGGCAACAGUCCGCUGCAUCUGGCGGUGACGGCCAAACGCAACAAGACGCGCCUGAUCGAGGCGCUGAUCGGAGCCGGAGCGGAUGGUGAUCUGAAGAACCGGCUUGGACAAACACCGGCCGAGAGGGCACUCGACCAUGGCUACCAGCAUGUGGCGGAGUUCAUGUUGUGCAAAGAAUUGGACGGCGUGCCGGACGACAGAGCGUUGCUGCGGUUGGUGAGACGUGGUUCCGUGGAGCUGCUGAAGAUAUUCCUCGAGAAGCGAGCGUUCGAUAUCCACACGAAGAUGAAGCUGAUCGCGCACACGCUGGAUGAGCUGUCGGUAAAAGGAGUCGCCGUUGGCGAGUCGAUGUGUGUCUUCCUGGAGUAUGAACUGAUUGCGCACAGCUAUGACGCCGGUUCGGGCGGUGGAGGUGGAGACCACCGACAGUUGGGAGGUUCCAGUUCGAAGCGGAAGGCCGACGGGAAGAGCGGAACGGCGGGUCCGGAGACAGAGGCUGAAAGGCGGAUAGAGUUAGUGCUAAGCUAUACCAAAUACUUGACCGAUCGCUACAAGGGCGACAAUCUGAACGACCUGGACGACGAGUUCGUGGUGCGUCUACGAGCGAUCUGCGAGUCCCUGCACUUCCUGGAGGAGUCGGAGCGAAUCCGGGGGGAUCGCAAGCUGCAGAAACGGAUCCCGCUAGCCGAGAUCACCUACCUGGCCGCAGUCUUCCUCGCCAUCCUCGAGCGGAACGCGGGCUUCGAGAUUUACAAGCUGAUGAUCAACAAGCAGAUGCUGAUGACGUACUUGCGCGCGGUGAGCGAGGAGCUCGAGAAGAGUCGCGGCUCCGGGGCACGUUCGGAUCGAUCGUUCCAGUGGACGCCCCAGCUGUUCCUCGAUCUCAUCGCGUGCAUCCGCGAGCAGAAGCUGUCACGGUACGUGGCCCGACGGAGGCGAGGCAGUGCGGACCUGCAGCGCAUCAGCGCGAGCACGGGCGAGGUAACCGAUCCGGCCGAUCGGGAGCUGCUGUUGGCGGAGCUGGGUCGCGGUGAGUUCGAGGCACUGCGCGAGAGCACCGCGCCGGAAAACAAAUGGGGUGUCACGGAGUAUGUCGCUUAUCUGCGCACGGAUGGCAUCGAGACCGGCGGCAAGGUGCCAACGGUGGGUCAACUUUGGCACCGAGCGCACCCGAAGCUCCACCUCUCGAAGCGACAGGUGGCGUAUGCGGCGAGCAGGCGCGAACUGCUGCUGAAGAUUCGCGCACGCCGGUUGGACGAGCUGAGCCGCAACAAGGCGAAGCUGCUCGAGCGGGAGCUGAGCGGACGCGAGUUCCGCGAGGGAGCGGUAUUCGGGACGCACACGGUCCGGCGGCGGAAUCGGAUCGUUUUCGGGCGGCUUCGUCGCACGUACGAUCAAAUUCGACAAGUGCACACCGUCAAGCGGAUCGCGUACUACGUCGAGAAUGCGCUCGUCAUCGAUUUGGACGACACGGCGAACGAGACGCUGUGUCUGAUGGCCAUCAAGCGCGUUCUGCAGUUCAUUGGGGACGCCACCGAGCAACAGCAUCCGCCCGCCUUUACCCGCAUGUUGGAGAACAUCCUCCAACAUGCCCUAGCGAAGCCGACGACGACAACGUCGACGACGGCGGGAAGCGUCUCGUCCCAGCUGCUGGGGGAGGAGGACCUGCGAGACACAUUCUCCGCUCGAUGCUGCGUCGGGAAGUACUUCACCAGCAAACCACCGACGAGCGACCAGGUGAAGGGCAUCCAGGAGCGGUUGAAGGCGGUGUACCGUUUCUCGCUGUACGUCAUCAACAUCCAGCUGAUCGAGUCGUACAAGACGUUCCUUGGGACGGCCUAUCGGUUGCGCAACCGGGCACAGCUGCAAUCGUACGCACGCUUCAUCGGCGAGCACAACCUCCACACGCUCAGCAACAUCCAGUUCGAGCACGUGUUCUACGACGAGCAGGCAACGGCCCGGACCGUGCACGAGCUGAAGCGCAUGUACGUGGGAAUGUCGAACGAGCUGAAGCUGCUGUCGUUCAUCGAGAAGAACAUCCACUUCCGCUUCUAUCACAUGCAAUACCAUCAGACGCGCCUGAGGGUGACACUCGGGAACUUUGCCGUCGUUUGUCGAGCCCUGCGGGCCAACCCGGACUAUGGUUGCGUGCGGCGGCUUCUGCACUCCUAUCUGCACCAGAGCUACCAGAAGUACGACAUCUCGCGCUCCAUUUCGAUCUCGGACGCAAACUUGGCGUUGAAGGAGCUGCUGCGGCCAUACAGCAGUCUCAGCGAGAACGAGGACACACUCAAGGUGGUGUGCCACCUGGAGGAGCUGCAGAGCCUUAUGAACCCGGACUGCUUGUUCGGAAUCGAUCCGCUGCGGUGCAUUCGAAGUGGUGAGGCAACGACCCGUCACCAUCAGCUUACCCGCAAGCUACUCCGGGAAAUGAACGUCCCUGCGGUGAACGACGAAGACUUCCAACAGCUGCACGAGAAGCUUCGAAGGUCGUACUACGAUAGUGUGUUUGUGCUGCAGAAUCGCUACCGGAUAGUGGAGGACUUCCUGCGUGCGAAAGGUUCCGCGGUGUUGGAGACAUCAAACUUACCCGCCCUAAGGGAACGGGAUGAGGAGUUGCUUCAGGAGCUAUUCGACUCCAAGGUGAACGACCUGGUGGACAUCCUCGAGAAGUUUGAAUGCACCGAUCCGCAGAGUCUCUGUGAGCGGAUCGCGGAGCUGCCUCCGUUCGUGCAGUUCGCCCUCGAGUUCGGUCUGCUCGAGCUCCUGGAGAUUCUGGCCUCCGUCGGGAACGGUGCCGUCGCACGUAAACUGACCUCCCAACAGUGGCCCACGUGGGUGUUAAGUGGACGCAGUUUAAAGACGUACCUUGCCGGUGGACGCGAGUCGCUGGUGAUCGAACUGAUCACGUUCAAAUCGAGCGCAACGAUCUUCCUGAACGCGAUCAUCUUCAAGCAGCUUUCCUUCCGUCUCUACGGUGGAGGAGUUGGCGGGCGGUCGUCGUACCAGCACAGCCCUCGUGAUGGUUGUGUGGCGGUGUCAAGUUUCGAGGAGAAAUUCGCAACCCGCCUUCAUUGGCUCGGCCAGCAGGCGGCACUCUUCGAAGCGGUACGAGCGGGGGAGUGUGAACUGGGCGUGCUUCACGAACACGUGCGAAACGGGGCGGACAUCGGCGGGACACGGUUCGGUUCGUUGACGCCCAAUGAGUUGUGCCAUUACGGUUUAAUCGAUUGUGCAAUAGCGGGUGACUUUCGGGCGAUGAUUGAUCUGCUGACGACGUGUUCGGAAGCGCCGGCGAGCGGAAGGCGAGCGCUGUUGGAGUAUCUGUUACGUCGCACGCGCAAGUCACACUUUGUGGUUGCUCCGAUGGAUCAGCUGCAGGAGGAAGACCGCCGCAUGCUGGUGCUGUACCUGUGCGUGUUCCUCGGGGACGUAGACCUGUUCCGUCAGUAUCUCAAUCGGUACAACGCGUACGAAGAGCUGCACUUGUUCGUGAACUUCGACGAUCAUGCGUUCGUCAAUCGGUUGCUUGAGAGGUUGGAGUCGUUCGAUUGGAGCCGAACGGACGCCAAUGGAAUGACGAUACUUCACAAAGUGGUAAACGUGGGUAAUGUUCUUGCGGUGCGUAAUCUUCUUGGUCGGAUGACGCCGGAACAACUGAACGCUCUGUGCAACAUGAAAUAUUCCGCCAUCAAUCUUGCCGCUCGGUUAAACCUGACCGAGAUCGUCCGGCUGUUGGCGGAAGCCAAAGUAAACGUCAACACAAUGAGUGAGGACGAGAAGGUGCCCGUAUUUUGGUUGAUUCAGUACGGCAACUCGAGGGACAUCGUGAAGCAAGCGAUUGACGCCGGAACCGACAUGACGUCCUUCUCCAGCGAGCUGUGUCUGCUACAUCGCGCCAUCGAGUACGACAAUAUGGACGUGCUUCGGUAUCUGAUCGAGGAGUGCAAGGUGGACCCAACGCGGAUCUACUCGAACUGCAACAAUGUGCUGCACGUGGCGGCCGGCUUCGGUCGGAGUCGUACGCUGCAGUAUCUGCUCGCUUUCCCCGGCAUCCGGAAGCUGGUGAACAACUGCAACCUGGUGAAGAACACGCCGCUCAGUGUGGCCUGCAAGGAGCGGAACAUCCGAUCGGCACGAGUCUUGCUUGAGGUGGGCGGAGCGGCAACGGAUACCUGCGGAGAGUACGGACUCAAUGCGCUCGCCUUUGCACUCUACACGAACAACGGCAAGCUGGCGAGGUUGUUGUUCCGCCACGGUGCUUCCAUCAGCAGUCCGCUCAGUUCCGACUUCCAGCCCAUCAAUAUGGCCAUCCGGAAUCGCAACAUUCGACUGCUGGAGUUCCUGCUAAGGCGCGGUGUGGAUGCGAACAGUGCGCCACUCUGCUUCAUCAACGCAGUGUGUGUACGAGCGAGGGACAUUGUCCGGUUACUGGUCGCGCGAGAUGUAAAACACGUCAACCAUAAGGACGAGUUCUGUCAGACGGCUCUGCAUCUGGCGGUGGAGAAGGACGAGUACGAGAUCGCACGUGAUCUCAUACAACACGGAGCUGCCAUCAACGCCAAGGAUCGGUCCGGUAUGACGCCCCUCCACCUGGCGGUCCAGCGUGCCAACGUGCGCAUGGUGCGGCUCCUGCUCGACAGCAAGUGUUCGAUCGACGAGCUGAACUACCACGGGGAGACUCCACUGAUCCGGGCCGUGGUCGGCAACAACCUCGCGCUGGUGAAGACCCUGCUCAACAAUGGCGCCAGCGUGGAGCGUCUGCGCAACAGUGACCCACCCGUGCUGCUCUACCUGGUGCAGGAGAACCACGAGGAGAUCCUGGACUACCUGCUCGAGCACUAUCAGUUCGAUGCGAACGAGCAGGACGCGUACGGGAACUCGCUGCUGUACGUCGCCACCCAGCAUAACCAUAUCAACAUCGUCAAGCUGCUGGUAGACAAGUACCACGCCAGGACGAACCCGGCCAACCACAAGAAGCUCACACCGAUCAUGAUCGCGCGCGUCAAGGAGUACAAGGAGAUCUUCCACUUUCUCACCGCGCGGCUUGUGGAGGAGUAGGGAGGGAAAGGAGCUCUGUUUUUUAGACGAAUUUUUGUUCUAUUUAUUGCCAUAAGCUAGCGAAGCGAAAGGGAUUCCUUUUUCUUGUUUUACAUCAUACGGGCACGGGAGGGCAUAUUUUGUUUUCUAUUUCAUAACGCAAGAGAGAGAGAGAGAGAGAGAGAAAGGGAAAGGGACAGAGAAAGCAUCGGUUUGAUGCGUUUAUUUAUUUGUAAUAUGAGAGGCAAUGUCACGAUGAAGGUUUAUGGAUGAAGAUCCUACAAAAAAGGGGACAAGUGCAACAAGAGACACGAUCGAAGGGGAAGAAAGAGAAAAGAUGUGCCAUAAAUGUAUUUUGUGUUUGAGCCGGAGCAUCGUAAUCGUAAAAGAGAGAGAGAGAGAGAGAAAUAGAAGCAGGAUAAGGAGCGGAUUAUCAUCGUGACGGUCAACGAUAGGUUAGUUUUGUAGCUCAAAUGUACGAAUGUAAGAAUUUAUUCAUUGUCAUCCUAGAUGAAGCUAGUGUGUAGAUUACGCGUACCCCUUGACUAGGUGUGUGUGCGUGUGAGUGUGUGUGUAUGUGUGGUCAGUUGAAGCUUAACACAGAGUACCACUAGCGGGAAGCGGAGAGACGACAAGUGUGGUUGCGCUAAAGGAGGAUAGGAAUAAUUAAACUUUAUCUCAAACGUACUUACCCAAGAAACAAGAACCGUACCGAGAUUGUAUAUACCGAGAUAGGAAUAGUGAAAGGCACCGGAAAAUCUUGUAGCAGGUAGAACUUAAGGCAGCUGCUCCAGCAAAUCUCUCCAGUUCUUUUGUCCUAGGACAUUCCAGGUGAUAGUGCAAAUUUUUCCUUCUUAAAAGCAACCAGCAAGUACCGUAAAGGGUGAAGGUUUCCUUGUUUUGUUUCCUUUGGGUCGAAUUGCGUAAUUGUUUGCUUGCUGUCAAAGCAAAUGCCAUUUAUCGUACAGUCAAAGCGACGCCGAAAAAAAAGGCUAAGAUGUGCCACUACUCUUCUUAGGUUAAGUUUGUUUUGUGCCAAAUUAAGGAGGCCCGGUUACGUGCCGGGGCGCUCGAAGGCUCGUCCCGGAGGGAUUCCGUGUAUUUGUACAAAAGAAGAAGCGUAAGCAGCUCGAACGGAAGAAAGAAAGAAAGAUAGCUGGCCAUUAACCGUGCCGUUUACGUUUGUUUUUUUUUUAACUUUAGCCAAGCGAAUGUACCUUUCAGUGAGCGUUCGUAAAAUAUAAUUUACUGCACGACCCAGCGAGGAAUGGAAGUGGGACGUUUGUUGUACAGUUCACAACCACCAACCGUACCGAGAAACAGUGGCCAUUAGAGAUUUCCCAAUACACUAUGAUGUACUUACCCACGAUUAAGCAGCAAACGCGAAUGCAGUGGAAUGGUAGUGGAUAGUCUAAUCAUACCACCAUUUGCCGCACCAUUUGUACGAUACUUGUCUAGAUUAAACAAUAUCCAACCCCAAAAAAUGUCCAGACUUGUGUGUCAUUUUAUUUGUAACGUGAAGCCUAGAGCCCGGUUUGUAAGAAAUACUGAAAUUAAGCCGAGCUGAUCGUCACCAACAAUUCGUAAGAAGACAAGCGUAAGAAGCAGGGCGCGUGUAAUGAAGGAGGUAUGUCUGAACGAAAAUGAUUAAAUAAACGUA